GGUAUAACAAACAUUCUAUUCUACAAGGCAGUUCUGGUAUUUACAGCAAAAUGGAUGACGAUAUGAAAACAGAUUUGGUGGAGAAUGCUGUAGGAGUUAACAUUGACGAGCCACCACCACCACCGUACAAUUUUGCGUCACCCCCUGCAGGCGAGCAUGGACAGCAGUUGCCACCCGCUUUUACAGAACAGCCAAAUGUCGGAGGCAUGUACCCGGACCAAUCUCCCAGUAUUCUACAAAAUCCAACUUUGCAAGCGCAACCGACGACAGCAGCAGUCUUUGCUCACGAGGAAUGCUUCGCAGAAUGUGUUCGUUUCUGUUGGUGCCGCCCUCUUGGUUGGCUGGCAAAGGAAGAGCUUACACGGGCCCGAUCUCUGUAUAUGGCAGGGGACUACGAUGGCGCACAAGCUGCAGCAAGGUGCGCUAAUGCAUGGAGUGUGGCUGGUCUGAUAUCUGGUAUCAUCUUAUGUGCUGGUAUAGGGGUUGGAACUUAUUUCCUCGUCACCAACCUUUACUAAUAAUGGGGAACUUUGUGGGACGCUUGGUGGCAGCAGACGUACAAGGUGAAAUCCAUUAGUCUCGGUAAUGUGCGCAUGCUCAAAACUACAUGGAAAUUUAUCUGGUAAGUCUGCUGCCACCUAGCGUUUCAUAGUCUCCCAUCGUAAUCGGGGCCGAUAUCAUAACGCUGUUAAGCAAAACAAAAUGUUUGACAGAUUUUCUAUGCUAAGCAAAAAUUGAGUCGGACACCAGCCACAACAAUGCAAACUUCAUGUGAUUUGGGUUGGUAACCUGAUUUUGCUAAGUAAUACUAUUCUCUGUUGAGCAAGUUUUUGAUAUCCGAUGGUAUCAUUCUGGGAAAAAUGGGUCUGUACAUUGUAAUGUGGAUGUUUUGGUUAACUAAUCUUAAUGAUGCUAGGUCUAGUUGCCUGUGAUUUAUAAUAAAUAUUUGCACAAUUUAUAGCUUUUGUUGUGAUACUACUGCAUUUUACAUUACGUUUUAUGUUUGUCUCAAGGCACCUACAUACACAAAUAAAAUGAUGGACAUUUCCUAGUGGAAAAAACCCAAUCCGAACUGUCUUCGUGGCUACACUUUCUUCUCUGCAGGCUACAUGUAUGAUUUAACUCUUCCUUUCCAUUCAUACAUACUACUGCAUUUUAUAAAAGAUUUAUGUAAAUAUAUAGUUAUGGUAGUCAUGUCUUCGUUUAUCCAAUACCCAGUCAGUUUCCCUUGUUGUUUGUUAUACUUAACGGCAGUGGACACUAUUGGUAAUUACUCAAAAUAAUU